AUGGCCAUGCAGGUGCUGGUCCUGUGCUGGGCUCUGUCCCUGGGGAGGUCAGGCGCCACACCCCACAUCCAGUCCAGGAUUGUCAGAGGCUGGGAAUGCCUGGAACACUCCCAGCCAUGGCAGGUGGUUCUAGUCCACUCUGGCAAGAUCAAGUGUGGGGGAGUCCUGGUGAACCCCCAGUGGGUACUUACGGCAGCCCACUGCAUCCAAGACAAUUACACUGCCUGGCUGGGUGGCACCAACCUGCUUGACAUUGCAGAAAAGGGUCAGUGCAUCCCUGUCAAUGCCAGCUUCCCGCACCCACAAUACAACAUGAGCCUGGUGAAUGACCACACUCCGGGCCACGGCAAAGACCCCAGCCACGACCUGAUGCUGCUGCGCCUGCUGCACCCCGCCAAGAUGACCGGCGGGGUGCAGUUCCUGGAACUGCCGCUCUUUAGGCUGGCAGAGGGGACCACGUGCACUACUUCGGGUUGGGGCAGCGUCAAGCAAGGCCCAGGGACAUAUGUGCAAACGUACAAACUGCACUGCGCAAAGCUGGAGAUCCUCAGUAACAAGUGGUGCAGGCACAUCUACAGCAAGAAGGUGACGGACACCAUGAUCUGCGCAGGAGGCCUCCAGAAGGAGGUCGGAGGCCCCUGCAUGGGUGACUCUGGGGGGCCGUUGGUCUGCAAUGGUGUGAUCCAAGGGGUGGCAUCCUGGGGCCUCUCCAGGUGUGGUGUCUUUGGCUAUCCGAGCAUCUUCACCCGAGUGCAAUCCUAUAUGAAGUGGAUCGUGGACACCAUGGCAGCCAAUCUCUGA